CCUGUAGGUUAUCGGUUCCAUUUUGACAAAAAAUAAUUUACAAAAUAUUUACUAUACAUCCUAUAUGGCCAUAGAACACUGACUACAAAUAAAAACUAUAGUGUAGUUGUUGUAGUAGUGUAUUAUUUUUUAUUCGUUCAUCUGCACUUUCAAACUUCAAAUGUUGGGGUGGCGUACUGGUACGCGUUAACUGGUAACCACCUAUGUUACCGCUCGGCGCUUCAACUACCAUUUUAUCACUCGUGCAUAUAUACAUAACAUUAUAAUUAUUAAUUAAUAAAUUAAUAAUUAAUAUUUAUUGCUAUAUAAUAAUAUAAUAGUAUAAUGCGAUAUAUCUACACGGACUGAAAGGAAAUUCACUACUGCUGCUGCUGGAGGAGUUGGGCUAGAGACUGCAGGGCUGUGCUAAAUUAUUCCGGUACUAAAGUUACGCAUCAGCGUUUAGGAAUUGCUUGUUAUGUCUUAAUAAAAUUGCCAUCGCCAUGUCUCAAAGGUUAGAGUUUCUAAACAUAAUGGCUGACAAUACAGAACCAGUUGAAGUUCUUUUAGAAACUAACCAAAACUAUGUUAAUGAUAGUAAUCUUUCAACCGCGAUCAACGUCCUCCUAACUGAUGACAAUUCUGUGUUGCCUACUGAUGUAUCUCAUUUAAAUGGCAACUCUUUGAGCAGUAACAAGACUGUGAAUACACCAAUACCAACUGAUAUACCACAUUUAAAUAGCAACUUAUUGAGGAGUGAUGAUGCUGUGAAUAUACCAUUAAAAACUGAUACAUCAUAUUUAAAUAACUCAUCAAGUAUUGGCGAUACUGUGAAUAAUACACUUCUGCCUACUGAUAUAUCUAAUAAAAAAAGUAACUUAUCGGAUAGCCACGAGGCUAUAUAUACAUCUCUGCCGACUGAUAUAACUCAUUUAAAUAGCAAUUUAUUGAGUAGUGACAAAGCUGUUAGUACAUCUUUGCUGGCAGAUGUAUCUAAUAAAAAAAGCAACUUAUUGGAUAGCCACGAGGCUGUAAAUACAUCUCCGCCGACUGAUAUAACUCAUUUAAAUAGCAAUUUGUUGAGUAGUGACAAAGCUGUUGAUACAUCUUUGCCAGUUGAUGUAUCUAAUAAAAAAAGCAACUUAUCGGAUAGCCACGAGGCUGUAAAUACAUCUCCGCCGACUGAUAUAACUCAUUUAAAUAGCAAUUUGUUGAGUAGUGACAAAGCUGUUAGUACAUCUUUGCUGGCUGAUGUAUCUAAUGUAAAAAGCAACUUAUUGGAUAGUCACGAGGCUGUAAAUACAUCUCCACCAACUAAUAUAUCUCACUUAAAUAGCAAUUCAUUGAGUAGUGACAAAGUUGUUGAGACAUCUUUGCCAGUUGAUGUAUCUAAUAAAAAGAGCAACUUAUCGGAUAGCCACGAGGCUGUAAAUACAUCUCCGCCGACUGAUAUAACUCAUUUAAAUAGCAAUUUGUUGAGUAGUGACAAAGCUGUUAGUACAUCUUUGCUGGCUGAUGUAUCUAAUGUAAAAAGCAACUUAUUGGAUAGUCACGAGGCUGUAAAUACAUCUCCACCAACUAAUAUAUCUCACUUAAAUAGCAAUUCAUUGAGUAAUGACAAAGUUGUUGAUACAUCUUUGCUGGCUAAUGAAUCUAUUAAAAAUUGCAACUUAUCGGAUAGGCACGAGGCUGUAAAUACAUCUCCGAUGACUGAUAUAACUUAUUUAAAUAGCAAUUCGUCGAGUAGUGACAAAAUUGUUGAUACAUCUUUGCCGGCUGAUGUAUCUAAUUUAAAAAGCAACUUAUUGGAUAGCCAUGAGGCUGUAAUUACAUCUCCACCAACUGAUAUAUCUCAUUUAAAUAACAACUCAUUAAGUAGUGACAAGACUGUUUGUACAUCUAAUUUAAACAGCGACUCAUUGAAUAACGACGAUACUGUAAAUAUAUCUCUGCCAACCGAUAAGUCUCAUUUAAAUAGUAAUUUUAGUAAUGACGAGGCUGUAAAUACACCUUUACCGAUCGAUAAGUAUUAUUUAAACAGCAACUCAUUGAGUAAUGAAGAAACUGUUAAUUUUCCUCUACCAACCAAUAUACCUAAUUUAAAUAGCAAUUCCUUGAGCAGCAAUGAGACAGUGAAUACACCAAAUAUUCCUUCCCUUCAAGAAUCACUUAACAAUACAGCAGUGGAUUCUCUAGACAAAGCCAUCGGUUCUAUUACUAAGCAGAUUGUAAAUUACAACAUUGGUGAUAUUGUUUGGGCAAAAAUUGGGAAGUAUCCAUAUUGGCCAAGCAUUGUCUGUAAUGACCCAACAUUGAAUAUUUAUUAUAAAGCAAAAAAAAGAUUCUUGUUACAUGUCCGCUUUUGUAAUGAUAAAGGUAGAAGAAGUUGGGCGACAACGAUUGAAAAUUAUUUUGGAAAAUCAGCAUUACUAUCAAAAUAUCCUAAUUAUUUAGACUAUUUUAAGAAUAGUAAAAAACUUACAGAGACGUGGAAUUUGGCGAUUAAAGAAGCUGAUAAUUUGAUGACACUUAAUAGUGAAUUAAGAAUGAUAGAAUUUUUCAAAGCAUUUUCUAAUGCAGAUUCUGUAACUCAAUCUGUUACAAAUAAUUCGUCUGAGGGCAAUGUUAGUGCUUUGAAAGUACGUACUUAUUCAAGAAAAAGAUCUCUAACAGUUCCUGAACAAGAUAUUGAUUCUAAGAUAAUGAAGACUGAAAACAUAUCCACUGAUUGUACAUCAUCAAGAUCAAUAGACAUUCCUUUACUGUCAAAAUCAGACGAUGCUGAUAGUACUAUUUCUGAUUUCUCUAUGAGUUAUGCUUUUAUGGGAGAUUUAGGUUUAAAUGGAAGACAGGAAAUUGUAAAAAAAAGAAAAUCAACAAAAACAUAUCCACCAAAAAAUUCAUUUGUUAAUAAAUAUGAUUUGACUUAUUCAAUACCGAAUUCUCCUGAAAAUAAUAGUGUAUCUGAUAAUCAAGAUAAAUAUCCAGUUACGACCACAAAAAAUUCUACUCGUAGAAUAUCUGAACAUAGAAAACUUGAAAUAAGCAUAUUAGAAGGAGAAUAUGAUCCAGAUAAUAUUAUUUUACCAAGUUCUCGUCGUUCAAAAAAAAAAAAUACAAUUCAUAUGAAUUCAUCCAGUUCUAAGAAAACAAUAAUAAAAAAAAAACUUAUUGGAAAAGAAAACUCUACUGGAAGAAAGUCAACUACAGUUAAACGCGAAAGUAGCCACGAACCAGAUACAACAGAAAGUGAAGCUUCUUCAAAAAAUGAAACAUAUAGUUCUGUUUUCUUAACAACUUCAAAGAACAAACAACUUUUUACAAAAACCUGGAAAAGAGCAUGUGUAGUUUGUAAAGACAUCAAAAACACAAUAAAAUGCUUGGGUCCGUGUCAAAGUUAUUUUCAUAUAGAAUGUUUAGAUAAAAGUGAGGAAAGAUAUCAUCAGACUAAAAGUAUAUCACCAAUGAUUAAGAUAAAAAUUAAAAAAACAUCUGGAUCUGGUCGCCGUAAAAAAAAUUACUCAAAAAUCCUACAGAAAAAUGAAGAUUCCAUUUCUGAUAUUCCUCAACUUAUUGAUGACAUUAAAGAAGAAAACACUAUUAAAUUAUCUAAAGAAGACAAUGAAAUAAAAUUGAAUGGCUUAUCUGAUACUCAAUGUUCUGGUUAUACUAAUGAAGAAACUAUGUCACUUAAUGAACUUGAAUCAGAUAAUCUAUUUAAAAAUGAUAGCUGCAUUAUUAAUGAGAAUGAAAAUACUCAAAGUGAAUUAGAAAGUGUGAAUGAAGAUUCUAUUCAAGAAACAUCUGAAGAAAAAAAUAUUGAUGUUCCAAUUGUACCAAUAAACAUAAAUGAGAAAAUACCAUUAGACAAUUUAAAAUAUAUGUGUAGCCUAUGUAAAGCCAAUAAAACAAAUUGUUUUAUAUGUGGCUUGGUUAUUGAUGAUUCUGGACAAAUGAUUGCUUGUAAAAUAUCUAGCUGUGGAAAAUAUUAUCAUGAAACUUGUUUAAAUGAUUGGCCACAAUGUCAGUGGACUCAAGAAUCACGAAAUAAAGUCCAAUGUGUAGUAUGCCCACAUCAUGUUUGCCAUUUAUGCAUUUCGGAUAACCCUAAAAGUUCAUGUAAAACUCAUUUUCCUGCUGAAAAAUUAACCAGAUGUAUUAAAUGUCCUACAGCUUAUCAUAGAAGUGAAUAUUGUUUACCAGCUGGUUGUCAGGUCUUAACGUACAAUGAUAUUAUUUGUAGUCGUCAUUUUGAACCUGUUAAAAUGCAAAACUAUCAUUUUAAUGCUACUUGGUGUUUUAUCUGUGCAUUAGGAGGUGGUUCAUUAGUUUGCUGUGAUUUAUGUCCAUCUUCAUUUCAUGUUAAUUGUUUAAAUCAAAACCCAUCUGAAUUUGAAAGAGGUUUUACUUGUGAAGAAUGUCAAACUGGAAGAUAUCCUCUAUAUGGUGAAAUUGUUUGGGUUAAGAUAGGGAAGUAUAGAUGGUGGCCUGCUGAAAUUGUAUUUCCAAAUCAAGUUCCUGAUACUGUAAAUGCAAUACCACAUUCUGUUGGACAAUUUGCUGUUCGAUUUUUUGGAACUUACGACUAUUAUUGGGUAAACCGUGGACGAGUAUUUAACUUUCAUGAAGGGGAUGAUGAGAAUAUUUUAAAAAAAAGUAAAAUGAAGGUUAUAGAUCAAGUGUUUCAAGAUUCUAUUGUAGAAGCAGCUCAAGCACAUAAUGCGUAUAUUUUAGAAAAAGAAAAAAAUGAUGCCAUAGUAGCAAAAUCAUUUACAAAGCCUCCAAAAUUUACAAGAAUAAAAUUCAAUAGACCCAUUGGCAAAGUCAAAAAUAUGGAAUUUGAUAUAACCCCAAUGACUCCUUGUGAAUGUGAUCCAACAAAGCCAAACCCAUGUGGUCCAGGUUCUGAUUGUAUAAAUAGAAUGCUUAUGUUUGAAUGUGGACCAAAAGUAUGUCCUGCUGGAAAUAAAUGUAAUAAUCAAAGAUUUGAAAAAACAUUAUAUCCUGCUAUGGUCCCAUUUUUGACAAAAGGUAGAGGUUGGGGUCUAAAAACAUUAGAAGAUAUAAAAGAAGGUUCAUUUGUGAUUGAGUAUGUUGGUGAUGUAAUUGAUGAAGAAGAAUUUCAAAGAAGAUGCUUGGAAAUGCAUAAAAGAAAUGAACAAAAUUAUUAUUUUUUGACUAUAGAUAAUUCGAGAACAAUUGAUGCCGGUCCAAAGGGAAAUUUAUCAAGAUUUAUGAACCAUUCAUGUGAACCAAAUUGUGUAACACAAAAAUGGACUGUGAAUGGAGAUACUAGAAUUGGACUAUUUGCUUUACAUGACAUUCCAACUGGUACAGAGCUGGUUUUUGAUUACCGUUUACAGAGUUGCUCAGGAGUAGAGAAAAAACCUUGUCAAUGUGGAGCUGCAAGAUGUUCUAAAUUUAUUGGAGUCAAAGUGGAAGAAGAAAAAAAGAAAGUAAUUUCAGUUAAUGAUGUUGAUAAAUGUAAAGUUUCUUCUAAGAACAAACGCAAGCCAUUAAAACUUAAGGAUAAUGUUUCCGAUACAGACAAGUCCAAAUUAAUUAACAAUGAUCAAAACAACUCUACUGCUGAUAAUGAGGUAGAAGCAUCUAACGCCGAGAAAGUUGAUCUUUCCAAAAAAUCUAAAUCAAAAAAAUCUAUUGCCAAACCAUCAACUGUCUUAAAAAAAGAAAAUUCAGAAUCCUCAGAAACAUCUGUUAUAAAAAGGAAAUGGAAAAAAUCACCUAGGAACAGCACCAAUAAUACCAAAGAUGACAUUACAAUUGAUGAUUCUACGGAAUCCGAUGGAAAUGUUAAUUCAAAAAGAAAACUAAGGAAUGGUUUAUCUACUCUUUCUACGAGAAAACUAUUGAUAAAAGAUAAUACAUCAGAUACAGAUGAUUUUGUUGUAAUGAAAAAGGAACGACAACUCAACAGUUUUAAAAAAAAGAAUGUAAUCAAACCUGAUGCGUUACUCUUGCCAUCACCAUUCCUAACCAAAUUACCAUCAGCUACAACUUUAUGUUCAUCUAACAAAAAUGCCAAUAUUAAAUCCGAUGUAUCUACUGAAACUCAAGAAAAAUCUCGAAACAAUUUAACUAGAUUAGCAAAAAGCAGACAUUUAUUUUUAUCCAAAAAUAAUAUGAAUAAAGAGACAAAAGUGCAGCCUGUUAUAUCAAGUAUAAAAGUUAACAAAGAAAAAAAGAAUUUAUCAAAAAUAACAAAAGUCAUAAAAAACAGUAAGAAAACUGUUGUAAUGAAGAAAACUAAAACAAACAAAAAUUUCUUACAGUCCAAAGCAUAUUUCAAAAACAAUUCUUGUUUGAUUUGUGGGAAAGGUCAUACUGAAUUAGCAUGCAAAAACAAAAAAUGCCCCAGAGUUUUUCAUCUCAGCUGUAUUAACAAAACUAGAAUUGUGAAAUCGGGAUUCAUUUGCCCUUCUCAUUUCUGUUCUCUGUGCAACAAACGUAAGGUAGUUGCCAAAUGUAAAUUUUGCAUAGAAUCAUUUUGUGCUGUACAUGUCAAAGGGAACAUAUUUAAAGAUCCGCUGGGCAAUGGUAUGUUAUGCACUACUCAUCAUCCUAACAAAACAUCUAUGCUAAACGUAAGUAAUCCAGUGAUUCUUGACCCAAAUACUAGUACCAAAGUAAAUAUUAUCAAUAACAAUGAGGAGCCCAUUGAUUUUGUGGAUCCUGAUUAUAAUAUUACAAUAUCAGAACAUGCAGAAGACAUGAAUGAAGAUUCAUUGAAUAUUAAUAUAGAUGACAUGAAUGAAGAAGAAUAUACACAAGCACAGGUUGUCAAGGAUGAAUGCAAUCGUGAAUACAUACAUAUUGGUGGGUUCAAUGUUUGUAAUGUGUCUGAUUUGGUCUCAGAUCAAGGAGAAAGCUAUAUAGCACCACUUGAUACAGAUGGUGAUCUAUUCAAACCAUCAUUGGCCAAUGUUGUUAUUGACAUAGAGUCUGCAUCUGCUUUUUACCAGCCCAUGGACAACUUACAACUAGUUUCUAUUGCCACUGAUAAUAAAGAUAGCCAUGACUAUGCCAACGUAAAUUUCAUAACUGAAGCUAAUCAAACCAAAAACAAAUGGCUAGCAGCUGAACCUUAAUGUAGUGUAGUCCAAAGUCAAGUGUUAUUUUGUUAAUCUUUUGACAAGAAAUAUCAAUUUAAUUCUCCUUUUUUCUAAACUGUUAGUUUAUUUAGUUACCUAAUUAGGAAUUUUAAUUUGUUUUGUUUUUAAUUUGUAUUUUCAUUUAUGGCAAUUAGAUAAUUGUUUAUAUAUUUUUUGUUAAAAAACUAAUCAAACAUUUACCAUUUGAUAUGGUAUGUUAGCUAUUAUGAAUAUUGUUAAAAGUUUGAGUAAUAUAAAUAUUAUUUUUAAUAUAAAACAUUUUUGUUAAAUAUAUAUAAUAUUGUUUAAUUGGGUAUUUUAUUAAAAGUAUUUUUUUUUUUUUUUUUUGUAAAAUUCAAUAUCAAUUAAUAUGUGAAAUUUAAGUUGUAAAAAGUUUGUAACAUUUUAGUUUCAUAACUUUCUUUUAUUUAUUUCUAUCAAACUAUGUAAUGUAUUUUCGUUAAAUUCUACAUUUUAAUUUAUUUUAUUAUAUAAAAGUUUCAAAACACUACAACUUAUAUUAGAAUUUUUUUUCUUUCAAUGAAUGGUUGAAUUCAGUUAUAAAUAAAAUAAAAAUCUCAAAAUAAUUAUAUUUAUGAUAUAGCAGUUAUGGUAAACAUGGGAUCAAAUACUCAAAUCCUCUAAAAUGUAAUAAGAAUUAAGACUAAAGAGGUUUCAUUUUCAUAUCUUAAGUCCAUGAUUUCAACACUAGGUACUGGCCAGUUUGAAAGUAUGUACUAACUAUAAUAAUAAAUAAUCAUCAACUGUGUAGUGUGCCACAUAUGAGCAACCGUAGAGAUGUAGUGUAAUGAGAUGUUGAAAUAAUUUAAAUGCCGAUGAAAUA